GGCGCGCGGCCUUUUGAAAGCCGGGAGGCUGCAAAACGCCAACGGCCGCCUCCGAGCGCUUGCCUGGCUGUGCGGGCGGCGGCGGGGUCCUCCUGGGGCCGCUCGGGACCGGUUUUCAAGAGGGUCUGGGCUUCGACCUCUCGCCACCUCGGCCUUUCCCUACCCGGGUGCGACUCGGGACCUAGAGUGGUGGUUACAAUGGAAGGAAUCAGUAAUUUCAAGACACCAAGUAAAUUAUCUGAAAAAAGUAAAUCUGCAUCAUGUUCAACUCCAUGUAUAAAUAUCCCUGCCUCUCCAUUUAUGCAGAAGCUUGGCUUUGGUACUGGGGUAAAUGUUUACCUAAUGAAAAGAUCUCCAAGAGGUUUGUCUCAUUCUCCUUGGGCUGUGAAGAAGAUUAAUCCUAUAUGUAAUGAACAUUAUCGAAGUGUGUAUCAAAAGAGAUUAACUGAUGAAGCUAAGAUUUUAAAAAGCCUUCACCAUCCAAACAUUGUAGGCUAUCGUGCUUUUACUGAAGCCAGUGAUGGCAGUCUAUGUCUUGCUAUGGAAUAUGGAGGUGAAAAGUCCCUAAAUGACUUAAUAGAAGAAAGAAGAAAAGAUAGCCGAGAUCCAUUUCCAGCAGCCAUAAUUUUAAAAGUUGCUUUGAACAUGGCAAGAGGGUUAAAGUAUCUGCACCAAGAAAAGAAACUGCUUCAUGGAGACAUAAAGUCUUCAAAUGUUGUAAUUAAAGGUGAUUUUGAAACAAUUAAAAUCUGUGAUGUAGGAGUUUCUCUAACAUUGGAUGAAAAUAUGACUGUGACGGACCCUGAGGCCUGUUACAUUGGCACAGAGCCUUGGAAACCCAAGGAAGCUUUGGAGGAGAAUGGUAUUAUUACUGACAAGGCAGACAUAUUUGCCUUUGGCCUUACUCUAUGGGAAAUGAUGACUUUGUCUAUUCCACACAUGAAUCUUUCAGAUGAUGAUGAUGAUGAUAAAACUUUUGAUGAAAGUGACUUUGAUGAUGAAGCAUACUAUGCAGCUUUGGGAACCAGGCCACCUAUUAACAUGGAAGAAUUGGAUGAAUCGUACCAGAAAGUAAUUGAACUGUUCUCUGUAUGUACUAAUGAAGAGCCUAAAGAUCGUCCUUCUGCUGCACGUAUCGUUGAAGCUUUGGAAAUAGAUGUCCAGUAUUAAGUAUUGCUUAUGUAUAGAACUAUUUACUCUGAUACAUUUAUGUAGUUACUAUAAUGAUUUGUAGUUAGUUAUUAGACUCUUUAGAGGUGGCCUAUUUGAGGACCAUAGUAUCUUGAUACCAUUUGAAUAACUAUUUCUAAUAUAUUUCAUGUAAGCACUUGGAAUUAUACUAGGUUUCCUAUGAAGUUUAAGAAACUAGCUACACAAGUACUUUGCUCAUGCAGACUUAAAACACUAGCACCAAAAUGCUGUAAACUGCUUAACAUUAAUUUCAAUUGAAUGAUCAUUAUUUUUAUUAAUCUUUCUCAAAUUCUAUUUUAAUAUAUUCAAAUUAGCACUUCAUACAGUAUAAAAUAAGCUUACAUUUGUUUAUAUUUUAAAACAUCAAACCUUGUGCUUAUUAAGUGGUCACUGGAAGCUGAGGAGAAUAUGACUCAAAAGAGUAGCUCCUUGGAUAUUUCCAGACUCUGGUUCCAGCUCGUCUUGCUUUUUCUCAGGUCUUUGUUUUUUGCUUUAAUUUAUUAAAUGUAUUUUCUGUAAUGAGAUUGUUUUAUGUACUAAUCUGUAUCUUAAACACUUCAGUUCUGAUGUAAAAAUAAUAAAACUCAAACAGGGUGAUUAUUCUAAUAAAGGACAUUUUGGUCCCAGAA